AUAGCUGGCCGGCAGGUUGUUUUAUUAUAUGAUAAUUUCUCAUCUCAUCUUGCUGCGUACGAAGAGGUUAAAACACAGUUAUUAAAUAUUCUGAAACGGCAAUGGCUGGUUUAUAUAAUGACUGAAUAUGACUGGGAAUAUGAUCCUAUAACUAUAAUGAAUCUUUUGCAAGUGCUCCGUUGGUCAAUAUCUGCCUGGAAUCUUGAUUUGAAAGAUGAUACAAUCUGCCACUGCUUUACACGCGCGCUUUCAGAUGAUGCUUAUAAUCCUAUGCCUGACUCUGCUAUUUUACAUGAUUUGACUACUAGUCUACAGAAGUUACGGGAUACUGCACGGAUUCAAGAUAUCAUGCAUAUCAACCAGUUCUUGAAUCCCUUAGAAGAGCAGAUUCAUGAUGCAAUUACUGAUUUAAAUAAUAUCAUUCUAAGCCAGUACACUGCAGUUGAAGAUGAGGUCGAAGAGAAUAAUGAAAUGGUAGAGCCUCUACCAUUUAUAUCAUCUACCAGGGCCCUGCAGGCAUUAUAUGACCUCUGCUUGUACAAAGAACAAUAAAAUGAUGCUAAUCUAGCAUCUUUAUACUUGCUAGUAUGCCAGGAACGUGAUAUUCUUCGAAGAAAGAUGUCAAACACGCAACAAAGUGAUAUUCGUGGCUACUUUAGGUAGAAUAUUCAAUAUAAGGAAGACCUCGAUAUAAG